GCUCGUGCGAUCCUCGGUGGCGGCGGCAGCGGGAGCAAUGGUGGGUGGCGAGGCCGCCGCCGCGGUGGAGGAGCUGGUUUCCGGCGUGCGGCAGGCCGCCGACUUCGCCGAGCAGUUCCGCUCCUACUCGGAGAGCGAGAAGCAGUGGAAAGCACGCAUGGAGUUCAUCCUGCGCCACCUGCCCGACUACCGAGACCCACCGGACGGCGGCGGCCGCCUGGACCAGCUCUUGUCCCUAUCCAUGGUCUGGGCCAACCACCUCUUCCUGGGUUGCAGUUACAAUAAAGACCUUCUGGACAAGGUGAUGGAAAUGGCUGAUGGGAUUGAAGUGGAGGACCUGCCACACUUUACAACCAGAAGUGAGCUAAUGAAAAAGCAUCAAAGCUAAGGCAGAUCUCCACAUCUCCACCCUGGGGACGUGCUUGGAAAGGAGGCCGGGGUGAAGGUGACUGAAACAUGGCAGCUCCUGAGAUUCCUGUGUUUAGAGCAUAGAAGCAGCUGGAAUGGAAAGGGACCUGGCUACAAGGGCUUCAAAGAAGUCUUCGUUCUUCCAGAAGCUGUGCUUUAAAAGUACAUGUGCAAAUUUAUGUAUUUAUAAAUAGCAAACUGUCAGAAAUUUCAUCGGCAUUGCCUAAGCCAAACUUUGUUUUAAAUGCCUUUUAUGUUGAUAGAACAAUGACGGGAUGAAUUUUGUAAUUUGAUUUUUUUUUUCUUGUAGCGGAAUACCUUUAAUUGUAAUUCUGGGUUUUGUCCUACCCCUAUCCAUUUUUGUCCUGAGGCAAGCCAGAUCCUCUAUGUCCUUAUUUCUUCCUGAACCCACUGUCUACUUGUACCUCUCUGCCGAUGGCCACUGAAGGGCUGUGCGCUGGCUGACUAUGUCACUGGAGCAACCCCACUGCUGAGCUCACAUUGCAGGCCUGCAGUAGCCAAGCUAGCUCAUAGGUAGGAGGCAACUUACAAAAAAGCAGCUGGCCUCAUUUUACAAUUCACUAUGGGCUAGAGCUGCAGCUCGGAUUUAGAGUGCUCGCUUGGCUCGCUUGAGGGCCUAGGUUUGCAGAGAGAAAAAAGCAGCUAGUUAGAGUAAAAAUUGCUGGAAGUAUCUAUGGCUUUGUCCAGCCAGCUAGCUGACUUCUAGACUCUCUAGGUCUCCCAGGCUGCCCAUGUGCCUCUUUGUUUCUAGAAGGCUUUCACACUUAAAGAACUGCCUUGCACAUCCCCUGUAGACUGUAGUGCGAUCCUGCUGUGCUGAGAUGGUGCUGAUACUCCCCCCGACAGCUGAUCAUCUGUUCUGAUCUGCCCCUUCCGGUUCCCUCUGUUUAGUCACCAUUAGGUAAAUGCCUGAGCUGUGGGCAGCAGUGGAACAGUGUACCCCAGCAGGACUCGUCAAUGGCAGGCCUGUCGUGGCCAGAAAGACGGUGGGGUCUGCCUUAGCUUCAUCCACUGCACACAGGAAGCUGGACACCCAGCAGGUUUGACGUCAGAGCAGCGGGCCGCCAUUCUCGUUUGUGGCUUGAGAUGAAGGCCACAUCUUUAAUGGCUUUAUCUCCAGAGACCAGGAGGGUAGACCGAGCCAAGAUCGCCAACUUGUAGCCAUGGACAGACUCCUCCAGGUCACGGAAGUCAGACCCCCUGUCACAGGGUGAUGGUAAGGCAGUGAGCCGGAGAGGCAUGCGCUCUGUACUCAUUGCCUGAGAUGUGUCCGCUCCUCAAAAGCAGCCUAGCCUUCCGCCAUUCUAAUCACUUGUGCAAAUUUGUGAGCUUGAAAACAAAAUGAAAAAUUGUGACAAUUCAUUUUAAAAUGCACUUUCCAUAGAUUGUUGAUUUUAUCUUCUAUAUACAGCCCCCCAAUAAAACAGUUUUUCCAUUGAAUGAA